AUGUUUGGCAAUUGUGACCAGAAGAAGAAGAUGCCUAUCAUAAGCUCUCCCAACACCAAUCCACUGGCGAGUAUGCAGAGCAAGAACAUGAUCGUGGCUUCGUCUCAUCAGCAGCAGCAACCGCAGCAACCGCAACCGCAACUUAAAUGCCCUCGUUGCGAUUCCUCGAACACAAAGUUCUGUUACUACAACAAUUACAGUCUCUCUCAGCCGCGGCACUUUUGCAAGGCUUGCAAGAGGUACUGGACGCGAGGUGGUACCCUCCGGAACGUUCCCGUAGGUGGUAGCUACCGGAAGAAUAAACGGGUGAAGCGGCCAGCAACCGCAACCGCAGCCUCCACGGCCUCGACGACGACGACAACAAAUUCUUCAUCCCCUAACAAUCCUCAUCAGAUCUCCCAUUUCUCCUCCAUGAAUCAUCAUCCCUUGUUCUAUGGUUUAUCAGAUCAUGUGAGCAGUCGUAAGAAUCCUCCAAUGAUUCCUAGCCGUUUCAGUGAUUCUUCAAAGACUUCUUCAUUAAGUGGUUUAGAGAGUGAAUUUCUCUCAUCUGGUUUUAGUGGUCUUAGUUCUCUUGGAUUAGGGCUCCCACAUCAUAUGAGUCAUGACCACACCAUUAAUGGUAGCUUCAUCAACAACUCUACAACAAACAAACCCUUUCUUCUAUCGGGUCUAUUUGGGUCUUCGAUGUCUUCUUCGUCCUCUACCCUUCUCCAGCAUCAACAUAGGCCCAUGAACAAUGGUGGCGACAUAUUUGGACAAUCUCAUCUCCAAACCCUAGCAUCACUUCAAGACCUGCAUGUUGGAGUUAAUAAUGAAGAUAUGAACAAAGAAGGAAAGCUUGAUCAGAUCUCUGGGAACACUAAUGAGUUCAUGUCAUCAUCAUCUUUAGAUCCUUCAAACUACAAUAGCAUAUGGAAUAAUGCAAGUGCUGUAAAUGGAGCAUGGCUUGAUCCAACAAAUAAUAACGUUGGAUCCUCCCUCACCUCCUUGAUAUAAACCAACACUUUGGUUAUAGGAUCGAUCUAUAACUAGCUAGAGUUUAUCUUCAUCAUCACCUUUUUCUUCCUUUGUUUUUUUGAGAUGAGAGAAGAAGCUUGGAUCAGAGAGAUCAUAUCAGCGGCAAUGUUGAUCUUGGCCACUAGCUCCCUCGGAUCCUCUUCAUCUCACCAUCUCCAUCAUCUUCAUUCUCGUUGUUCAAGAAAAAACAAAAGGGGUUCAAGAUUGGUUCAAGGUUUACUA